AUGAGGUCCUCCAGAAGGGCGGAUGGAUUCCAGAGCAGAGUGGUAGCAUCUCGUAAUCCCAAGCUGGUCAGAGAGGCAGAAGAGUCUCUCAGCAGCAAGCAAAGGCUGGCGAGGCCUCGGGAGAUGAGGCGGCCCCGGACUGCCCAGCUUCGGGACAUGGGUGAAGCCUGCCAUCAAAAGUUCUCAGCUGUUGAGCAGGACCAGAGGUCGUUCCAGCCUUUCCCAUCCAAGGUGGUGUUUGAGAACUACGUUCCCCACCAGUUCUACAUAGCAUCGCUAGCUCUGAGGAACAAAGACAGGGUUCCUCGUCUGCUGAACGUCAUCCUGGGGAACUCUCCUUACUUUGAGUUGAUCAGCCCGAGUGAUGAGGACUAUAAGGUAGCCCCGGGCAUGUCUUCAACCUACCGCAUCCUUUUCCGACCUGAUGAGAACAAGGAUUAUUUUGAGGAGCUUAUCAUCAUCACAGAGAGGGAGAAGUUCUUUGUGCCUAUCCGAGCCAUAGGUGCCCGAGCCAGCCUGGACUUCCCUGAGCAGCUGAACUUCUCCGAGUGUCCAGUCAGGUUCAGCACCCAGAAAACUCUGCUGGUGUGCAACGUGGGGAAGCGGGAGGCUUGCUACAGCAUCACCACUGUGAGCCCUUUCUCUGUGGAUCCCUCCAUUGGGACUCUUGGCGUUGGAGAAGCAAUGCAAGUCACGGUGGAAUUUCACCCACCAAAGACCGGUGUUUAUACAAGUCCCAUGAUUGUUCACUAUGACACUGGUGAAGAUGUUCACAAAAGCCUCUGUGGAACAGCUGUAAAUGCCAACAUCAGGCUUGACAAGAGCUCCUUGACAGUUGAGAAGACUUCCCUCACGCUGUCAAAGCAAAGAUCCCUGGUCAUCCACAAUCAGAGUGGCAUCACAGCCCACUUCCAGUGGAAGCGUUUUGUUGAUGAGGAAGAGGAGGAGCGGCAGAAGCUGAGGCUGCAGAGGCAGGAAGAGGACAAGCUGGUUGAUGUUCCUAAGGAGCACGGGGUGGUCCCCCCUCUCAGAGAACACCCUUCCCUUCCCAUCUCCACCUCCCAGAACCAGGGGACAGAGGUGCAGGGAGACUCCACGCCUUUCUGCAGUGAUAUUUUCACCAUUGUGCCCAUGGCUGCUGAAAACUCGCGCUGGAGUAUUGGACCUAGUCAAGGAGUGAUCCCUGCCAAGGCCGAGGUGUCUGUGGCUGUCACUGCAAACUUGGAUGACACGGAGCAAUUCAAGGACGAGGUGGUGCUGUUCAUUGAGAACAGUCGUGCCUGCGUCAUCCCCUUCCAGGCUGUUGGCGUUGGCAGCACGAUUGUCAUUGACAAACCCUUUGGGCCGGAGCUCAACCUGGGAGCCUGCUUCAGCGUGGAUCCCUGCUGUUACCGCUUCAAGAUGACAAACAGAGGACGACGCGCCCAUCUGCUCUAUUGGACCACAGAAGGUGGCACCACACUUGAGCAGCACGAGCAUCUCCUUCACACCAAGGGCAAGGUUUCCUCCUGCGGCCCCAUGUUUAAGCUGCAGCCGCUGAGGACGGAGCUAAUGCCUGGCCAGACAGCAGAGAUGCUGCUGGAAGGCUCCUGCAGCACCCCCCAGGUGGUGAAGGAGAAGCUGCUGUGUCAUGCCAUGGUGGGCAAGGAGGGAGUGAAGAAUCUGAUCAUGCAGGUGGACGUCACGUGCGAGUUCAUUGCUCCUGCUCUGCAAAUAUCCACCAGAGAAAUCACUUUCCGGGUGGAGAAGCACCCCGGUGAUGUCCUGACUCUUCAGUACAAGCCUCUGUCUUUAAAGAACAUCUGCUCCCUGCCCCUCAGCGUGGUCCUCACCUUAGAGCAGCCCUUCUCCAUCUGCACUGUGGACCAGCAGCCUCUGCCUGCAGAUGUUCAGCCCAUGAAGCUGAAGACAGGGGAGGAACUUCAACUCUGCAUCGGAUUUAACCCUGCUUAUGAGGAGGAUUUGCUUAUCCGGGCAGCAGAGAAGGCUCUGAAGGUCAAGUUCCUGGAGCAUCCUCAUGAAGAGCAGGUGACCGUUUGGGGAGAAGUCUACUUCCCGAACCUUCAGAUCCAGACCACGGCCCUGGACUUUGGCUGCAUCUUAAAUGACACCAAAGAUGUACGCUACAUGGAGAUGACCAACUGCAGCCCACUGGUUGUCCAGUACCACUGGUCAUUCCUGAAGGACAGCCAGGUGAACCCAGUAAGGUUCAUGGAGACAGAGCCCCUGGCCUUGGGUGUGGAGGAGGUUUUCGCUCUCCUGCCGCUGCAGGGUGAGCUGCAGCCGGGCCAGAGCCAGCGCGUCACCUUCACCUUCUUCGGCCACGCCAACCGCGUCACCCAGGGCACGGCACUGUGCAGGGUGGAGGGAGGCCCGAGCUACGAGGUGGCUCUGCGUGGGGAGGCCUCAGGCAUCAGCUACCUCCUGGACACCACCGAGAUCAACUGCGGGCUGCAGGGUUACGUUGAACCUGGCAAGCAGCAAGUGCUGAAAGUCUAUUACCUGCCAGGAGUGCCUGGAGUCUUCUGCAGGGCUUUCCAGAUCCAAGUGGGUCACCUGGAACCAGAAAAAAUCUGCCUGAAAGGAGAAGGCACCUUUCCCAGGAUCCACUUGGACCUGCCCAGGAACAUCAAAGGCAACGCCAAAUAUGAGAAGAUCCUCCAAAAGGCCCAAGAAAAGCUGCACAAAGGCAGCCAGAGAGACGAGGCCAUUGCUCUGGGGGAGGCUGUGGCAGCCGAGCCCCGCAUGGACGACUCAGGCACCGUGAUCAGCUUUGAUAACUGGGCAGGCAGAGACACUGGAGUUCAUUUCUUUGGAGCUAUGAUCCUGCCUGAGAGAGCAGGAAGUGUCCCAGACACUGAGCAAGCUGAGCUGCCCGAAUACAUCCUGGACCUUGGCUAUGUCGUUCCCGGUGACAUCCACACACACACGGUGAAGAUCACCAACACCGGGCACUUCCCUGCAUCUUUCCAUGUCGAUGGAUAUGUCCUGUAUAACACAGGUAACCCGUGGUGGAGAGGCUUCACGGGGGCUUGA